AUGACAAACGCAUAAAAGUUGAAGUGGUUGAGGCUGACGUGAUAGUUUGAAGUUCAGAGAAGGACGUUUAACCAAAUGAGGGAACCUAAGUGGUUGAUCUUCAGACAGACCCAUCUCUCUGUUUCACUGGGCUUUGUUUUGUUCUCGAUUUCGGUUUACUUGAUUCUGACUUUUCCUUCAGGAUCAAGUUUCUUUCGUUUUCUUCACACAUAGGGAUCCAAAGUUGAUUCCUUUGCUCAUGCCCAGAACCCUAAACAGGCGUGAGGGAGUUCAUCCCAGAUCUCGAGUACGUCGCCGAGGAUCUCCAAAAUCCAACCUCUGGUUCGUUGUCCGAGCUUGUUUUCCUGUCGUGGGUUCAAUCCAGAACAGAGUUCAUUACAGACAAUCGGAUCCUGUAUUCCCACAACGUCGGAGACACCAGCACCAAGAAUCUCGCCGCCUUGUGCUUGGAACUCCGACUUUCCACAAAUGGUACUUGGGAACCAUAUGUAAGAGGACUUUUGGGUUCUUGAUGGAAGAUGGGUCCGUGUGUUUCGCCAUUGUUGAUCAGGGGUUAGGGAGAUCUUGCGUUCUCAAGUUUCUCGAGCAUCUGAGCGAUGAAUUCAAGAAAUCUGCUACGAGAAAUACCCGAGAAAGUUUCUCUGGGCUGAUCGGUUCAGUCAUUGCUGAGUCUAGCAACGAUUUGAAGGCUAAUCUGGCAUGUUUUUCCUCUUCAUCAAUGGAUACUGAGUCCAAUGAACACACCAAACCGCUAAUUCCGCGAGAUUCCAGCUUCUGGGCAGGUAAGCAGGCAAGAGAAGAAGAAAGGGAAAGAUCAUAUGAUUUCAUCGAAGGGCACUGAGCUAUAGGAAACAUUACUGGGGGCUAUGGUACUCAUUCUGCAGCAGCAAUCGUUGCAGAAGGACUGUGUUCCGGAAAAGGGAAGAACUGGAUCUCACAGCAGCAUUGAAGGGAAGUGCAGAUUGUUGUAGCCAUUUGGUUUACGCUGCUCGGGGAUUGGCUCGCUAUUUGUCAGGGCAUUGAGGGCACGCGUUCUUGAUCGGUUUCACCCUCACGCCUCUUCUCCCGGUUUCUGGUUUUGCCGACAAAUUCUGCUGCCUCGAGGUUAUGUACCUUAGCUUGUGUAUGAUUCGGUGAUCUUGUCACUUUGGCUCGAUUUCGUUUUACUCCACAGAUGUUGCGUAAUGGAAAUUCAUAGCGAGCUGUCUUGUGUAAGUGCACAUGGUUCGUAAGUUUACACCAAGAAGUGCGAAGGCAAGAACAGUGAAUGGUUCCAUGAUUCACUCACACAAAGUCCUCAAGGCUAAAAAUGACACUAUUUAAAGGGCAUGUAACCAUUCAUUGUUAAUUUGAGGACUAAACAAAACACCCUUCCACUUUUAUAUAAGAGGAGGCAUCCUUAUGAUUCUUUUAGAUAAACAUGAGUGAUGGUUACCAGAUUCUUGAGAAUCUGCAAGUCUGAUGAUACUUCAGCUUCUUCUUCUGACGACACUUCACUUCCUCCCCCCCCUUUUGGAGCACGCCUGAGUGAUGGAUGAAACGAUGAGUCUUGGUACGGGCUUUUUUUUUUUUGUCUUUUUGGAAUGGUUAAUAAAAAAAAAACAGUGGGGUUGAUGCAAGUGAGAUAUUUUGUGACCAUCACCUGCUUCUUGUCUGUUUAU